AUGGAUGAUUACAACUUUUCAAUUUCAGAUAGUUGGUCAUUUGAGAAUGAUGUUCGUAGUGAGGAAAGCAUCUCCCACAAUAGUCGCGAUUAUACACCAGAAUUUACUACCGACCAGAUUUUUGAAACUAGAGAAGAUAUGUUAGCUUGGGCGCGGAGCGUUGGUCUAAAAUAUGGUAUUGUGGUGGUUAUUUUAAAUUCUGCUAAGUUAAAAGGCGGCAAAUUGCCGAAGUGCAUUCUUGGUUGUGAAAGAGGAGGAAAGUACGAACCGCCACGGUAUCUGGUUGAUGCGAUUGCCCAUUUCAACUGCGAGGGCCACAAGUACCCGUCAAGGCUAAAACCAAUAGAGAAACAAUUUGUGGUCGACAUGGCCAACAACAUUGCGCCUCGUGAGAUUCUUAAUAUUUUGAAGCAAAAAGACCUGUCAAACACUACGGGAAUCAAGAGCGUUUAUAACACCAUUUUUGCAAACAAAGCAGCCAAACUGGACAGUCUAACUCCUAUUCAGUAUGUCAUACGUCAAUUACUUAAGAAAGAUUACCUCCAUCAAUUUCUUACAAAUUCGGAUACUAACGAAAUCACAGAUAUUAUUUGGGUUCAUCCUAUGAGUCUAGAGCUAUCUGUCAACUUUCUGUCUGUACUGAUCAUUGACGCCACGUACAAGACCAAUGAGUAUCGAAAAUCACUAUUGGAGGUUAUGGGUAUCACAUCCACAUGGCGAACUUACUCGCUUAUGUUCACUUAUCUUAGUAAUGAGAGAGAAGAGACAUUGACAUGGGCAUUGGAUAACUUAAAAAACUGGAUGCUUCAAAAAGGGGCGUCGAUGCUAUUGGUGUUUGUUUCAGAUCGGAAUUUAGCGCUUAUGAACGCCAUUGAAGCAUGUUUCCCUACGACACGUCACAUCUUGUGUAUUUGGCACAUAAAUCAGUGCGUUAUGAAGAACUGCAGCCGUGUGCUUGGUCCGGAAUGGAAGCGCUUCAUCACGUCAUGGCACUCGCUUAUCAAUUCAUCUACACCUUCGUCUUUCGAACAGAAGUGGCAAGCCAUGUGCGAUGAUUUUCGCCAGUUCCCGAAUGUCAUAACUUACCUGUGCCAAACAUGGUUAAGGUCGUACAAAGAGCGGUUUGUUUCAGCAUGGACAGAUACAUAUAUGCACCUCGAAAGCAAUUCAAGUCAAAGGGCAGAGUCUGCACAUGCGAAGGCUAAAGCUAUAUUUGGGAGAUACCAUGUCAUCGUUACAAACAUCUUUUGA